AACAUAAUAUAAUAUAUGAAUAUAAUACAUAGGCAUAUACAUCCAUGACCCGUCGUCAUCGCCACCCACUGACCACCGCGUUGUUCGUUCUCACUCUCACCCUCAUGCAAUCUCUAUUUUACAUACGGUUAGAUAGAAGUAUGAGAUGAAGCAUGAUAGAGAACGCGAACAAGAGAAGAGUGAGUAAGAGAGAACAUGAAUAAAUACGGUUUUAUUUUAUAAUAUUUAUUUUAUUUCCGUUGGUGCGAGGGCGUGACAUCAUGCAGAUCGGAGAGGUCUUGUGGCACAUCAUUCUUAUUUUCAAAUUAUAUUAUAUUUAUAUUUUUGAAAUGUUUAAUUGUAAAAUAAAAUUAAUCUAGUCAAAUUCGGUCGACCGACCGCAAACGCGCAUCGAAAUGAGAUCGCCGCCCAUAUGAGAACUAUAACAAAAACAUUUACAAGGAUUAAAUUAUAAAUACUUACAAUUUACUGCGUAUUUCUUAGUAGUUGGAACAAUCCUAUAGGUCUCCUAAAUCAUUAUCCUCAUAAAUUAGUAGUAAGAACAAUCCCAUAGGCCUCCUAAAUCAUAUCAUAUGAUGACGUCGGCCACCAAUUUCUUUGUGAAAACUCGUGGUACAAUUCAGACCGCAUGUCUGAAGAGAUGAAAUUGUAAACGGAUUACCAUUUAUAUCAAUGCAAUUAUUAUUGCAGCGUAUAUGUCGUUGGCGCGAAUUCCGUAAGCAAUUAGUUUGCAUGGUACGGCGAAUAUUUGUGUUUUAAACGUUUUUAUGAAGAAUAUCAUUAUUGUACAAAUUAUAAUCCGUAAUUUACAAAAUAGUUAAAUAUAUCCGCAUUAUGUAAAUCAGAAAGUUAGACAAGGUUAUCAGUGCAUUAUAUAGAUUUACGUCAUUUAAUAUUAAAGUAGAGUUUUAAUAUCUUGUUUAUUGAUUUGCCAAAUUAUCCACUGAAGUAAUAAAUGUAUGAAUGUUAUUAUUAUAAUAAAAUAAUAAAUAACGUUUAUUGUUAUUAUGAUUUAUACACUCUAAAAAAUAUUAGUGUGAAAUUUCACCAUACCCAUGUAAUUAAAUAAUUCGGUGUGAAUUUUAACACCGAAAUUGUAGAGAAUUUUUCACACCGACAUGAUGUGAAAACAAAGCAAUAGACGUCAACGUUUCACACUGCGGUGUGAAACGUUGACGCCUAUUGCUUUGUUUUCACAUCAUGCGGUGUGAAAACGCGACACGCAACUGCCAGCAACCAAUCGCUACAGCGUUUAGGUUAUCGUACCAGUUAUUAAUCCGUGUUUACGCCAUCCGUCAUAAUUACUAAUAUAAAUAGGAAAUCCGGGAAAAGUAUAAAAGACUUCACAGUCUUUUGUUGUUUUAAGUUAUAAUAGUGUUUGUGACAAAAUUGUGUAUUAUUGAAAAAGAUAACUCACGCAGCUCGACAAUAUGCUCGUCAAGGUAAAGUACCAUAACCUGAAGAAAUUCGUCCACUUAGAUACAAGUGAUUCAGCGGAAGAAUUCAUUGUUAGAGAUAAAGUUAUGUGUUUUAAGCAACAAAUAUAUCAGAAACGUAGCAAGCAGAAUCUUCUCGUGAUAUGCAUCAGUUUGCAUUCAACGUACAGCAGAAAUGUCUCUCGGCGUAAAAAUUGGGGAUCGCGCCGGUGUUGCAUCUUUCGCUAACACGGCAUGCUAAAAAAAAAAUAGAAUUAUAAUGAGUGAGAAGACGUCAUACCGAUUCGCCGGUGUCCGUUUUACUCGUACUUAAGUGAGAGACGUCAUUAGUAUCGAGUGCGAGUGAACCAGAUAUUGAACACCGGCAAAUCGUUAUCAUGUUUUCUCACUCAUCAUAACUCUAUCUUUCUCGAGCGUGCAGCGUUGGUAAAGGAUGCAAUACCGACGCGAUCCCCAAUUUUUUUGUUUCUCCUCGUCUCCACUUUACCGCGCAUCUAGUAACACCUAGUAUGGCGCUUCGUGUGGUAGGUAAUCUCCGUGCUGGAUUCCGAAGGACGUUUCUGUCGGUGCGCGUAUAUACAUACAUGUUCAUUGCAGUUAUGUAUCUAUGUUUACUGGAAAAAUAUUUUAUAAUAAAUUAUUUUUCUCUUUACUUUUACUAGUACGCAACAAAUUUAUGACAGAAAUAAAAGACGAAAAAAUAAAAUUUCAAGAUUCAGAUGAGACUGAAAUAGACUCUGACGAUCUGAUAGAGUAUAUAUUACAAAAGCAGUCUGACAGCUUUAUUUUGAAUAUUGUUACAGAAACUUCAGCUGCUUCCGGAUCUAUGGUGCAGUAUUCAACAACAGCAAUAGAUUCAUUGUUUGCCAGUACAUCAUCUGCUUGUGACAACAUUAUAUUACCUAUUGAACAGUAUCUGGAAAAUACUAAAGAGAAUGUUUCUGCCAGUACAUUUGCUUAUGACGACGUUAACAUUUCUGUAUUACCUAUUGAACAAUAUCUAAAACCUGCUACAGAGAAUGUUUCUGCCCGUACAUCAUCUGCUUGUAAUAACAUUUGUACAUCACCUGAUGAACAGAAUCUCAAAACUGCUAAAGAGAACACUUUUCUGCUGAGAUCCAAAAAGUAGUUAACAAAACUUUGAAUGAAACAGCAAUUGGACGCAAUCUGUUAAAAGAAUAUGAAGUAAGUGCUACUCUAAAACCUGAAUCUCGUCGAGCUUUAGUUAGAUUGAUUAUUGGACAUAUUCAAGAACAGCAUGGGUAAAUAAUCUUUCUCGUGAAUCUUUCGGGUACAUUAUAUAAUAAUUUAUACUUUAUU